CCCAUCUCUUGUCUUUACGCAGCAUUCCAAGGAGUGGUCUCGUCUUCUCAGCCGUGUCAAAGGCAGCCGGGCUCCUGCAGCGCUGAAACAGCCGCUGGGAGACCCAGGGAGGAGGAAGAUGCCCGAGGUCGGGCCGCUGGAAAUGCACAGGGACGAUCCGUUAUCCUCUCAACUCCAAUAUAUGUUGGAAGAACCAGCAAUCCUCGUGGACCUCCGGAUGCGUACAAGAUGUCUGCUAAUCCUCGUGGCAAGGCGCUCGUCAUCAGCAAUUAUGACUUCGGCGGUUUAAUGAAUAAUAGGCCAGGCACAGACAUCGACGCGGUCAAGAUUCGGGAUCUAUUCGAGAAACUGCACUUCUCUGUCGACGUUGAGAAAGACCUCACACGUCAGGAGAUGAAGCUAAAGCUGAAGGAAUUUGCCCGGGCGCCGGAACACCGCCAGAGCGACUGUUGCGUCGUCGUCAUCAUGAGCCACGGAUAUCAGAGCCCUGGUGAAGAUCCUGAAGGUUCAUGGAGACCCUUGGGACAACAGCCUGGAUCCACCCAUCGGCCCUGUCCUUAUGUCGUCUACUCCUCCGAUGGGAGGGCGCUUGAGGUCGAAUGGAUCAUUCAACAGUUCAACAUUGCCGAGGCCUUGAAAGGGAAACCGAAGCUCUUCAUCAUUCAAGCUUGCCGGGGAAAAGGACAACAAGCACGGGGGCAAAGUGGCAAUUUUGUCGAGUCUGAUGCAAAUCGGUUUGGAGGGGCGUCCCAAGAUGAAUUAAACGCUGAUGAUAUAUUCGUGGCCAAUUCCACCAUUCCCUACUAUGUGAGCUACAGGAACUCGCAAGAGGGAACAUGGUUCAUCCAGUCCAUUUGUCACGUUUUUGCGGAAUCUGCUCACAGCAUGGAUUUGCAAGUUUUGAUAAGAAAGGUCCACGACCGACUGGCCAUGCACGAGGGACCAAACGGAGAGAAGCAGAGCGCUGAGCUGUGGGUCAGAGGGAAAACGAAGGCUUUGUUCUUCAAUCCUGGUUUCGUGGAUUCUUGAAGGCGA